CAAAAAGUCUGAAAACUAAAACCUCAACCUGAUCCUAUUUCACAUUCCCUCUCAAAAGCAAAACGCGCAGCCCUUGGCCGCCCCAACCUCACCUUUGCCUGCCGCUGCAGCUCCUCCUCCGUCACUCGGUGGUCCAAUUUCUCCGCUGCAGCUCCUCACCGCAGCUGCUUCUCUCUCGGUCACGCCGCUGGCCUGCUGCUCCUCCAUUGCCACUGGGCAGCGCAGAUACAUAUUGUUGGAAGAGACAGCUGAAUUUUUUCUGUCAGGGGAUUGGGCAGGAUGCUCUUGUGUGCAUGUGCAAAUAGUGGAAUCCUUAAUCAUUAGAAAUCUUGCCAUAAAUUCACUAUACUUAUCCUGCUUCAGUUUAUAUAUAUAGUACUAGAUAUAACAGAGGGAAGAUAAUAUAAUGAAAGGUGGAAGGAAGAAUCUGAAGAGGGCAACAGAGGAAUAUAACUUAACACUUGAAGAUGGCCAAAGCAUCACACAAGUGGUGUCUCUUAGAGGUUCCAAUCUCAUUGAGGUAAUGGAUGCAAAAGGUGAGAAGUCACUGGCAUUGUUUCCAGCUAAGUUCCAGAAGAGCAUGUGGAUAAAACGAGGGAGUUUUGUUGUUGUUGAUGAAAGGGGAAAGGAAAAGGCUUUAGAGUCAGGUAGCAAGGUGGCAUGUAUAGUUUCUCAAGUUCUCUUUUAUGAACAAGUUCGAGCACUUCAGAGAUCUCCUGAAUGGCCAGAAAUUUUCAAGUCCACCACAUUGGAUGAUUCUAAUGGGAGUUGCAAGAACACCUCGCAACAAGAAGAUGAUGAGCUUGAUGCAAGUGAUGAUGAUGGACUGCCCCCAUUAGAAGCCAAUAUGAACAGAAUCAAGCCACCAGAGCUCCAAUCGGAUGCAGAAUCAGAUUCAGGAUCGGAAACAGAUUCAUAAAAUAUUUAUACAUGUAGCCCUUGAGUUCAUCCAAGGCAACUCAAAAUGCAAAUGGAGUGUGCCUCAAAUUCAAAUUAAUUUAUGCUUUCCUCUCUUUUUAUUUUCCUUUCUUUUUUCAAAAAAAGAAAAACAAAAAAGUUGCAAAUGUUUUUUUAAGGUUGAUUAUUGCAUUACAGUGAGAAUUGGUUGA